AUGGCAAGUUGCAGCUUGCUCUCUCUCAUUACCAUUCUCUUCACUCUCCUAAUCCCAACCCUUAUUGCCUCUAGACCAGUUAAAGACCCGGAAUUUGCAGUAAAAGAAGUACAAAGAAGCAUCAAUGCCUCUUUGACAAGGAGAAAUUUGAAGGGAGAUUCCUCUUGCUCAACUGGGAACCCAAUUGAUGAUUGUUGGAAGUGUGACUCCAAUUGGAAUAAGAAUCGGCAGAAGCUAGCUGAUUGUGCAGUUGGGUUUGGCAAGAAUGCUGCUGGUGGAAAAGAUGGUAAGAUUUAUGUGGUUACAGAUUCCGGUGAUAAUGAUGCUGUAAAUCCCAAGAACGGGACUCUAAGACAUGCUGUGAUCCAACAUGAACCAUUGUGGAUUAUAUUUGAAAGUGAUAUGACGAUCAAAUUGAAGGUGGAAUUGAUUAUGAACUCGUAUAAGACCAUUGAUGGUAGGGGAGCUAAUGUGCACAUAACUGGUGGUGGAUGCAUUACUAUUCAGGACAUAACUAACGUUAUAAUUCAUGGGAUACACAUACAUGAAUGUAAGCCAUCAGGGAAUACUAAUGUGAGAAGUUCCCCAGGUCAUUUUGGGCAUAGGGGUGUUUCAGAUGGUGAUGCUAUGAGCAUCUUUGGUAGUAAACAUGUUUGGGUGGACCAUGUCACACUUUCGAACUGUGAUGACGGUCUGGUUGAUGUUGUUGAAGCUUCAUCCUUGGUUACCAUUUCAAAUAGUUUGUUUACACAACAUGAUAAGGCUAUUUUAUUGGGACACGCUGAUGACUACACUGCAGACAAGAGCAUGAAAGUCACUAUUGCCUUCAAUCACUUUGGAGAAGGGCUUACUCAAAGACUUCCAAGGGUUAGGCACGGGUACGUCCAUGUGGUGAACAAUUACUACACCAAGUGGAAAAUGUAUGCCAUUGGUGGGAGUGCUUCCCCUACCAUCCUUAGCCAAGGGAACAAAUUUGUUGCUCCAGAUGAUGAAAAAAGCAAAGAGGUGACCAAAUACGAAAAUGCACCAAAAAGUGAAUGGCAUAAAUGGAAUUGGAAAUCUGAAGGAGAUGAAUUUCUAAAUGGUGCAUUUUUCACAUCCUCCUCUGGAAUUAUUUCUUCCUCAAAUGCUACAUUUUUCACAUCCUCCUCUAAAUCUAGUUCUUCCUCAAGCGCUUCCGACAUAACUGCAAAAGCAUCUUCUCUUGUUCCCAAACUUACAGCUAAUGCGGGUGCACUUAAAUGCAAGAAGGGUUCUGCAUGCUGA